UUACGCUAAGCGCAGUUCUCCCUGUCUUUGUCUUUCUCUUUCAGUCUUGCUUCUGACUCGUUGAUCUUUUUCUUCCAUUCUCUGUGUCUCUUCCAUCGUCCUUCUCCUCCGGCAACAAGCGCCGGCGGGAAGCACUGUGUUCGUGCAGUUCAUUUGGCCUUUUCCCCCAUAUUUGAGAUUGAUCUUGGCCGUGUAUAUGUGAAGGCUGGUUUUCCUCUUCUUCAUGCUUCGGUCAUAUAAAUGAUGCAGCUUCUUUUGCUUCAGUAAAGCUGUGUAUGAGGUACGGGAUAGGGGAUUUCUUGAAUUUGGUGCUUCAAAGUCUGAAUUUACACUUACCAUCUUCAUCAAUAAAGCUCCAUAAACUCAAACCCUAGCCAUCCUCACCAUUCACGACGUUACUCCCUUUGUCCCUCACUUGUCCGGCGCCUCACCCACAAACUCCAUCAAUCUCUCUUGGCUCUUUCUCUGAAGCUCCAGCUCUGCCUUUCGAUCUCUCAGUCCCUGUUGCUCACGGCUUAAUCUUGCUUAAUCUCAGUGUCAGUGUCAGUGUCAGUCUCUUGUUAUUCACACGCAGGAAUCCCCAUUAGAUCUUCGAUCGUGAAUAUCAUUCUUCUUGUGGAAGUUUGAAGAAUUUGAUUGUGAGGAGUCUGCGUGGGUAAUCUUGUCUACCGAAGGGCCUUUGUUGCCAUAAAAGAUCAUAAUGGUAUCUAGGUCUUAUUCUAACUUGUUUGAGCUUACUUCCUGCGAUUCCCCAACUUUUGGUCGGGAGAAGAAGAGGCUUCCUCGAGUGGCGACUGUUGCUGGGGUACUUUCAGAACUAGAUGAUGAGAGCAACAGUGCUGGCUCUGAUGCUCCCUCCUCCAUCUCUCAAGAUAGGAUGAUUAUUGUUGGUAACCAGCUUCCUUUGCAAGCUCACAGAAAAGAUGAUGGUAAGUGGGAUUUUACCUUGGAUGAGGACUCUCUUCUUUUACAGCUGAAAGAUGGCCUAGGCGAUGAUGUAGAGGUGAUCUAUAUUGGGUGUCUUAAAGAAGAAAUUGAUGUGAGCGAGCAGGACGAUGUUGCUCUGUAUUUGCUUGACACUUUCAAAUGUGUACCCACGUUCCUACCUCCUGAGCUUUUCAGCAAAUUCUAUCAUGGGUUCUGCAAACAGCAUCUAUGGCCUUUAUUUCACUACAUGCUUCCACUGUCACCUGAUCUUGGUGGUCGAUUUGAUCGGUCUCUUUGGCAAGCUUAUGUUUCCGUGAAUAAGAUAUUUGCAGAUAAAGUAAUGGAAGUCAUUAGCCCUGAUGAUGACUUUGUCUGGGUUCAUGACUACCAUUUGAUGGUUCUGCCAACAUUUUUGAGGAAGAGAUUUAACAGGGCGAGGCUAGGAUUCUUCCUCCACAGUCCAUUCCCUUCCUCUGAGAUUUACCGAACACUUCCUGUGAGGGAUGAACUUCUUAGAGCUCUUUUGAACUCUGACCUUAUCGGGUUUCAUACUUUUGAUUAUGCAAGGCACUUUCUCUCAUGUUGCAGUAGAAUGCUCGGGCUUUCUUAUCAAUCCAAGCGGGGCUACAUAGGCCUUGAGUAUUAUGGUAGAACUGUUAGUAUCAAGAUUCUUCCUGUUGGAAUCCAUAUUGGCCAACUUCAAUCUGUCAUGAAUCUUCCUGAGACGGAGAAUAAGGUCUCAGAAUUACGAGACCAGUUCAGAGGUCAAACUGUGAUGCUUGGCGUUGAUGACAUGGAUAUCUUCAAAGGAAUCAGCUUAAAACUUUUGGCCAUGGAGCAAUUGCUGUACCAACAUCCAGAUAAGAGGGGACAAGUUGUUAUGGUCCAAAUUGCAAAUCCUGCAAGAGGACGAGGGAAGGAUGUACAGGAGGUACAAAGUGAAACUUAUGCCACUGUAAAAAGGAUUAAUGAUACAUUUGGAAGGCCUGGAUACACACCUGUUAUCUUGAUUGACACACCACUCAAAUUCUAUGAGCGAAUAGCUUAUUAUAUAAUUGCAGAAUGUUGUCUUGUGACAGCAGUGAGAGAUGGUAUGAACCUUAUACCCUAUGAAUAUGUCAUUUGUCGACAAGGAAAUGAGAAACUAGACCAGAUUUUGGGGAUAAAUCCAUUUUCUCAAAAGAGGAGCAUGCUGGUGGUAUCUGAAUUCAUUGGGUGCUCCCCUUCAUUAAGUGGGGCAAUUCGAGUGAAUCCAUGGAACAUUGAUGCUGUUGCCGAAGCUAUGGAUUCUGCCCUUGUAAUCCCGGAAUCUGAGAAACAGAUGCGACAUGAGAAACAUUAUAGGUAUGUUAGCACACAUGAUGUUGCAUAUUGGGCACGUAGCUUCUUGCAGGAUUUGGAAAGAGCAUGUAGGGACCAUCUUAGAAGGAGGUGUUGGGGCAUUGGUUUUGGCCUAGGAUUUCGGGUAAUUGCUUUAGAUCCAAAUUUCAGAAAGCUAUCAGUUGAGCAUAUUGUUUCGGCUUACAAGAGGACCAAGCACCGGGCAAUUCUUUUGGAUUAUGAUGGUACCAUGAUGCAGCCAGGAACAAUUAGUACGACCCCAAGUGCUGAUGCUGUUGGAAUCUUGAAGAGCCUUUGCAGCGACCCUGAUAAUGUUGUUUUCAUUGUUAGUGGGAAGGAGAGAAAGACUCUGACUGAUUGGUUUUCGUCAUGUGAAAGGCUAGGGAUUGCUGCAGAACAUGGUUACUUUUUGAAGACAAGUAAUGCUGCAGAAUGGGAAACUUGUCUCUCUGUCCCGGAUUUUGACUGGAAACAGAUUGCUGAGCCAGUAAUGCAAUUAUACACAGAAACAACAGAUGGUUCUAACAUUGAGGCCAAAGAAAGUGCUUUAGUUUGGAACUAUCAGUAUGCAGACCGUGACUUUGGUUCAUGCCAGGCUAAGGAGCUUCUAGACCACCUGGAAAGUGUUCUUGCUAAUGAACCUGUAUCUGUUAAAAGUGGCCCUCACAUCGUGGAAGUUAAACCCCAGGGUGUCAACAAGGGAAUUGUAGCAGAACGUCUUCUCAUAACAAUGCGUGAAAAGGGAGUAAUUCCAGACUUUGUUCUGUGCAUUGGUGAUGACAGAUCAGAUGAGGACAUGUUUGAAGUAAUCAUGAGUGCGAGGGAGACUCUGUCGCCGGUUGCUGAGGUUUUCGCCUGCACGGUAGGGCAGAAACCAAGCAAGGCCAAGUAUUACUUGGAAGACACAAGUGAGAUAUUGAGAAUGUUGCAAGGCCUUGCACAUGCUUCUGAGCAAUCUGCUAAAAGUUCUUCCCAACCUUCAUCACACUGAGCAUUUUUCUGUCCGUGGUUAGCUUCGAUUCUUAUUCAUGGGCUCCCUCCUGUGGGAUAUUCUUGCUUGGUAAAGCCAACGUGCGAAGUCAUGUUGUGGCAUUGUUACCAAGUGCAUCUAGGUUUCGUUUCCAAGUAGGUGUAUUUAAUGAUGUAUCUAUUAUUUCUGUCCCCAUUUGUACAACGUUAUUCUUCACUCGGAAUGAAUGAUAGGCUUUUGAGUGUCCCCUGUUAUUAUUUUU